UUUAAUAAAGCUCCACAGCCGCUUCUGGUCCUUCCAUCGCAACCUCCGCGUCCAUUCUUUUCCAGACCCCUGGCCUUGAAUUCAUACAUCUUGCAGCAUCAUCGGACUCGGCAAUUAGCCAUGAAACCUUUUCAAUUCGCUCGUCGGGGGGCGUUGCAAAACUUCGCUGCUCCUCGGGCGCUUCCAAGUCCCACAAGGGCCCAGUUAUGGAAGAGAUGCUUCAGUGUCACGCCAGCCACUGCCUCUCAACUAGCUAGCCUUGAUCCUGCGAAACUUGUGGUUACGAAAACGACUACCCCUAAAGAAUUGACCGCUCCGAAGGACCUAGUCUUUGGAAAGACAUUCACUGAUCAUAUGCUGUCCGUCGAGUGGACAGCCGCCGAGGGCUGGCAUGCCCCUCGUAUUGUUCCCUACCAGAAUCUCAGCCUCGACCCAUCGGCUUGUGUUUUUCACUAUGCGUUCGAAUGUUUUGAAGGAAUGAAGGCCUACAAAGACAAAAAUGAUCAGAUCCGGUUAUUCCGUCCAAACAAAAACAUGGAGCGCCUGAACAAGUCUUCCUCGCGCAUCGCCUUGCCUUCCUUUGACAGCGAUGCGCUGACUAAGUUGAUUGGGGAACUCGUCAAACUGGACAGUAAAUUCAUUCCGAAUGCCCGAGGAUAUUCUUUGUACUUACGGCCCACAAUGAUCGGUACACAGAAGACUCUUGGCGUGGGACCGCCAGGCUCUGCUCUUCUGUUCGUGAUCGCAAGUCCCGUUGGCCCCUACUAUCCCACUGGAUUCAAGGCCAUUUCUCUGGAAGCCACCGACUACGCUGUUCGCGCUUGGCCUGGUGGUGUUGGAGAUAAAAAACUGGGUGCAAAUUACGCUCCUUGCGUCCUCCCCCAGCUGGAAGCCGCGUCGCGUGGCUUCCAACAGAACUUGUGGCUUUUUGGCAAAGAAGAAUACAUUACCGAGGUCGGUACCAUGAACCUCUUCAUCGCAUUGAAGAACAAGGAAACUGGACAGAAAGAGCUGGUGACAGCGCCUUUGGACGGAACCAUUCUCGAGGGCGUCACUAGGGACUCCGUGUUAGCUCUAGCCAGGGAGAGACUGGUGCCUAAGGGUUGGAAGAUUUCCGAGCGCAAGCUCAAGAUGUCCGAGGUCGCCGAGGCGGCUGAAGAGGGGCGGAUGAUUGAGGUGUUUGGAGCCGGCACUGCAGCUAUCGUGAGCCCUGUGCGGACAAUUAGCUACCGGGGUAAGCUGGUCGACUGCGGUUUGAAGGAAAGUGAAGAAGCUGGUGAAAUCGCUCUUCAGAUGAAAAAUUGGAUCGAGGGAAUUCAAUAUGGCGACGAGAGCCAUCCCUGGAGCUAUGUCCUAUAAGUCAACAAUACAUGGUGCCUAAACCAUCAAAUCCACGCCGCUGCAUUUAAUUGGUUGUCUUCUUUGAUAGACGGAUACAAAGGCCUGGUCUAGUACUAUUAUUUUCCUGAUAUACU